CCCAGGUAGAGGAUGGCGGCCGCCGUGGCCUGCCUCCCGUUUUCCCUCACAGAGGGGCCCACUGCGCCGUGGCGGCGGCGUGCGGCCCAAUCCCAACGCUCUGGAAGAACUGAAUGGACAGGCAUAGGCCGCGCCGGCGGGCGGCGGCGCCGCGGCGGCAACUUGGGUUGCGACCGCCGCCGCACGUCUCCCGCCAGUUCGUUCCCCCUCGAGUCCUCGACCGCUACGUCCGUGCAGAGGAAGUUAGGAGAUUUUGAAGGUCGAAAGGAACAGGAUGAUUUACGGAGAUUCAGAGCCAUCUGUACAAUAUCGAUGAAGAUGCCAGCUAAUUUGAAUAGCCGCUGAUGCAAACCCGGAGGUGCAUUCCAUCGAUCAAGAGAACUCUCAUAUAUAUCACACGAUUGAUUGGCCCUGGAUGAUGAAAUUGUCUUUGCCUGGAUUGGACUAAACCUAAAGGUAGAAACUAGAGGGAACUAGAAGCCAUUAUGGUAUAAAGGAGACAGAGGGAAGAUGCUGCAUCUCUCUUUAUGAGCAGUUGCACCCUUUAGCAAAAGAGAAAGGGGAGCUGUCUUCUGUUAGAUUCCAAAGCAUGAGGUUUCCUGCCAUUCAUUGGCGCUCUCCCUUAGCCGUUCCGCCUUUUGGAACCUCAAGUGUGAGGUAGCAAGUUGAGAUAUUGAGAAAAGCUCAAAAGCACCCGCCAUGUCACUAGAUAGUUUCUUUGCCGUCCUAUUCAUCUGAAAAUAUCUAAUAUGAUGUGUAGUGGAGAAGUCAAUUUGACGGUGCGUCUUGCUUAUCAGCUAUGAGGAUUUGCUAACCAGCAAGAAAUUCCCAUUGCUUCUCACGCGUUCUAUUUAGAAUCUGUUGUUUUUCUUUUCAAGGCAAAUCCAUCUGUGGUCUAGUCUCUAACCUUUCUGAGUUAUGCCUUUGGUACUAGCCCUGUCAGACCAUGAAUUACUAUGCAUUUGUUACUAUGCUUUGUAGAAAAGAACACACAUUAAUGUUCUUAUUUUCACGAGUUCUUAUAUAGUAUUUGAAAGAGUAGCUUGGUUAUUUGAGUACUGCUAGUGCUCAGCGCAAGACAGCCAUAGAUACCUUCUUUAUAGUGUAAAAAAGGAGAUACUUUCUGGAUUGAUGUAUUGAGUUUUUUUUUUUUUGCGAAUAAGUUUGCUUGUUUGUUGGUUGAGUUAAGUAGUGUGUCAAAAUUUAGAGAUUAAACAAGAUAUAUUCUUUAUGUACAUACUUCAUUUGUGUAUUUUCCUUUAUUUUUAUGGAUAGAGGUGUAUCACAUAUAGUCGACGAACUGCGCAUGAAGUUGCAUCAGAUAAAUUCUUCUGUGAAUUAGAUACUUUCAAUGAUUGAACAAGUCUUCACACAAGAUUUUGGAACAAAAGAUAAAUUUGCAUGUAAGUCUGCAACAUGGCUACUGGUUUGAAGGAGCUUAUGUUACUUGGUUAGAUAACCUUGCACCACGUUAAACAAAUUACCCCUUGGUAUGUAUGAUUCAAAACAAUAAGACGAUAAUGUUGGGGAAAAGAAUCUCAUUCCCACCAGUAGUUCGAUCAGGUAUGUGCAGCUAAAAGCAUAAAGAUAGAUAUUUUUCUGCUCAUAUCCAUAUUUAUUCUGUUUCAUGAGUGCGUAUAUAUACAGAAGUUUCAUGUAGGUGGUGACUCAUGAGUUGCCAAAACAACUGAAGAAUGGGCUCCAUGACACAAGAUAUUUAGAAGAUGGUGACAACUAAAGCAAUGUUGGGGGUACUUUGACUGGGGCAGCUCUUGUGUCAUGGUCGUGUUAGAGAGGUGUCCAGCAGCUGUCGUGAAGAAGCCUUCGAGGCCCUGUGCGUCGCUUCUUCGUCAUUCUUGGCUAGAGGCUGGGCAAGGCGAGUCCCAUGCCUUCACGUUCCGAAGAAUGGGUUGUCUCCACACCUGGUUGUAUACCGUCUUAUGCCUUCGUGCUUUCUUUUCUUUUCCUGGCCUCGCCAAAAUUUGGUCCCUCGUGCUUUCUUCUUAUGAAAAUGACCUGCUCCCAGGCAUGUUCGAGAGAAAAAUGCUAAAGUAUAAAGAAAAUCUCAUUGGUUUAGGACUCGGUCA